AUUUUAAUGGUUACUAGGAACUCGUAAAUUGUCUUUGUCUCUUUCCAUAUUGCCAACUUGGUAUUAGCCGAGGCCCACACAAAAGUUAUUAGGUUGUAGUUUUAAUAUUUGUAGAAUAUACACCUAAGUUCAUUAGUUGGUACGUACAUUAUCGUGUUUGUCUCUUCCCAUGCACACACUCAUUCCUAUGUUGGACCACACACUGAUUUGGACUAUUGUAGGAGUGACGUACGGCUACAAUCUGGUGGGGAGCGAGCCGGUGAAAGAGUGUCCGGCCGUCGCCAUUCUUGCCAAGGCUCAGGCCCGAGCUCAGGCUCUCAACACACUGGGGGCAGCCAUUGGAAGACAGAAUGGCGAUAAGGCAGCCUCACUGGCAGUGGCAGAACAGUAUGUGGCAGCUUUCUCCCAACUGGCCAGGACCACCAACACUCUCAUCCUGCCAGAAAAGACUGGUGACAUCAGCUCAAUGGUCUCACAGGCUGUUGGAAUAUUUGGUCACAUGACAUCAAACAGUCCUUUGAAGUCCGCUGAUGGUGAAGAGGGGACCCCCCACGACCCACCCUCCACAGAGCAGACACUGGAGCAACUCACUGCCUCUAUUGACAAGACAAUCGAUGAGAGUGUAUUUAGGUCCGUGCUCAGCGAAGAGAAGGCAGCAAAGAAGGACAGAGAUACACACUUCACUCUAGAUACUUCACCAACGAGACCAACUGACGACGAAAAGUAACACUCGUGCUAGUGAGGGUAACAUUUUUUGUGGCCGUUAUAUAUUAUCUUUAGAAAAGAUGCUUUUGUCAAUUGUUUUAUAAUUAUAAGGAAUGUUGCGAACUGCA